UUAUCAUUAAUUGUAUAUAUAUCGAUAUAAUUUAUUUAUUGCUUAUUCCUGUAUCCCAAUAGGUAACCAAAAUAAAAAUGAAACUUCAAGUCUUCGCUGUUCUCUUCUUGAUCGCAGGCGCUUCUGCGUUGCCUGCUGCUAGUGAGGUGGUGGUUGUAGAUGAAUUCCAAUACCAAUUGGCCCCGAAGAAUCAAGUUGUUGAUCAAAUAAAAUGGACAAUUGAGCUGAUCAGUAACAUCCUUCAGGGUCUGGGUUUGGAUCCAGUAGAAUGGGAGGGCAGCGAACUCAAUAUUGAAAUACCAUUUUUACUGAAAUUCAAUGCUUUCCUUGAAAACUUCCGUUACGCCGGUAUCAGUAACAUCGAGAUCCACAACCUGGAGUACGAUCGCUUCAUUAAUAAACUAGACCUCGACGUUUCUCUCCCAGAAGUCAUUUUCGAAGUCGGUGACUCUGGUCUCUACAUCAAUGUUUUAUCCUUCUUCGAAAUACUCGAUGCUGAAUUCAGGGGCAGUAUAUCCCUCAAGUCGAUCCGUGUCGCUGCUGAAGUAAGCGUUGACAUCAAUAUCAUCGGCGGUAUUUCCCUCCGCAGCCUUUCAAUCAACUUCAGCCUUGGUGGCGUUGAGUCCGACCUAACAUUUAAAUUAAAUAAUCUGGACUUCUCCGAACUGUUCAACGACUUUUUUAACGAAACAGUUAACAAUUUCUUCGAAGAAAAGGAGGAUCAGAUCAACAAAUCCUUGGAAAUUGUUGUCGGCAUCAUCCUCCGUAUCAUCUGGGCUUUCUAAUAACUUUAUUUCUUAACAACUACCAACAUUUUGUGACUUUAAUUUGUUAAUGUUCCGUUACUUUAUAAAAACAACCAAAUAAAUGAAUUUUAUGUUAA